AUGGGGGAUACCUACUGGAAACCCUCAUCUUCAUGGGACUAUAUUAACGUCCAAUACAAUACUUCCAUCCCCCAAUACAGUGCCGACCUCUGGCACACUCUAGUGACCUCCACCUGCAAGAACCAAUGGUGCAAUACCCUAAAAAUUACUUUUACUGAACCAGGGAAGCAAGCCACAGAUUGGGAACACGGAUAUUCCUGGGGGCUCGCUCUGUAUAAAGACGGCCCUGAUGAUGGACUCACAUUUAAAAUUAAACUUCUCAAAGAACCCUUUAAUCAACAUAAACCUAUUCCAAUAGGACCUAACCCUGUCUUAAUUGCUCCUCCUGUUCCUGCUCCUACCAAACCACCUCCAGCCAAAAAUCUUGUUUCUACUACUAAUAUCUCUUUAUCCCCUGUAUCCUUCAAUGCCACUGUUUCUAUACCUAUGGCCCAUGUCCCCCCUCCCCUGGCAAGCCUAAAACAUACAAAAAAUGUCAUAUUACAAUUGCUUAAUGCAACACAUCAAGCUAUAAAUAAUUCCCUAGUCCUUCUAGGUUUAGGUGCAGCAGGUACAGGAACCGGUGUGGCUUCCCUCCUGAUCAGCAGCUCCAAGUUUGAUGCCCUGCAAGCUGCCAUUGAAGAAGAUGUCUGGCGAUUACAACAAGGCAUAGAUGACUUAGCUGUCUCCCUUUCUUCUUUGGCUGAGGGUUUAGACUUCCUUACCAUGGCAUACCACUAUGUCCAGUGUCCUGUACCUGUGUUAAAGUGGCUGUUUUGGAUGAUGUCAGUUCAUAUAGAUUGUAUUAUGUCAGUGCAGAUUUUAAGUACAUUGACGGAAAUAACCAUUAGAAAUGAUACUUUCAGUGAGUCACCAAUUUGGCCCUGGAUCCCAUCAUUGUCUGAUAUAGAAGCUGUGCUUUUCAACAUGGGGAUUGGUUUUAGAUCUUUGUUUCCUCUGGAGACUCUUCAGCCAGACUUCAAUGAAGUUAAUCUAAUUUCUGAAACCCAGAAAACACUCUGGGGGAGACGAAGCGAAGAAGCCUCACCUUGUAAUCCAGUUUUUUCAACUCUUCCUGAAACCAACAUUUUAAACAAGGUUAAGUUUCUCGUCUUGUGUACAUGUAUAUAUCCAGAAGGAUACCAAGAUUGGGAAAGAAUGUUGCUGAUUUUGAUGUUUAAAAUGAGUUUGGAAAAGGAGCUGAAGCAGAUUCCUUUAGUAGACUUUCAAAGCCUCCUUAUAAACCUCAUUAAAAACAUCAUAGAUUGGAACACAAAGGUGCAUGCUCUGGGCAUAAAUGAACUCUCUAGUCACCCACACAACCUUCUGUGGUUGGUUCAGCUAGUCCCUAACUGGACAUCAUGUGGAAGACAACUGAGACAGUGCCUCCAUCUAGUGAUUAUUUCAAAGCUUGAUGAGAAACAUAAAGAUGUCCCUAAUGCCAAGAAUCUGCAGAUAUCAGUCCUACAUCACUAUCUUGUGAAAAUGAAGCCUUCUGAUUUUAAGAAAAUGGUCUUGAAGAAAAGGGCUGAAGAACCAAAUGGAACUAUUGGUGAUAGUCUUCAUUUAGAACAUGAAAAUCAGGUGUAUUACCUGACCUACAUUCUCCUUCAUUUAGUUGGGGAAGUUAGUUGUUCUUAUUUUUCUUCUGGACAAUGGAAACACUUCAUGCUGCUCUGUGGGGCUUUGGAAAAGCAUGCUAAAUGUGAUAUUAGAGAAGAUGCAAGACUUUUUUUUUUUAACAGAACUAAAGACUUAGUCGCCAGGAUCCAUGGAAAAUGGCAGGAAAUAAUCCAGAACUGUCUGCCUAUUCAGGGGCAGCUUCAUGACUUCUGGGUGCCAGAUUCAUAACAAGAGUUAAAGCAGCAAGAAUACCAAUCAAGAGAAAUUUAUUAAGAGCCUUUCCAAGAGGACUAAAAAAGAUUACUGUGGAAUCCAGUGGAAUGCUUAA